CGAUAAUGCGCCAACAAACACCAACGAAGAAGAAGACGUAGUCAAACGGCGCCGUGUUGUUGUCAACACAAACAGAAGCUAGCAGUUUGAGCUGCCUGUCGUCCUGCCUCUGGUUAAAGUUGGGGAGUGUUUGGCUCUGCUGAACUGAAUGCGUUGCAGCCUCCUGCCGGUGCCGUCUCACACACACCGCUGCUGCUGCCAGGAUGGGCCAGCAGCUCUCAGGUCAGGCGUUGAACCGUCUGCCUGAGAAGCUGGUGAAACACGCCGGACUCGUACGAGACAGCGGCUACCUGACCUACGAGGAGUUUCUGGGGAGAGUGUCCGAACUUAACGACGUUACGGCUAAGCUAGCUUCUGGACAGCAGAAGCACCUGCUGUUUGAAGUGCAGCCAGGAUCCGAUGCCACGGCCUUGUGGAAGGUGGCUGUCAGAGUCCUCUGUACCAAGAUCAACAAGGAGACCGGUAUGGUGGAGGCCUCUCGCAUCAUGAACCUGUACCAGUUCAUCCAGCUGUACCGAGACGUCACCAGCCAGGCUGCAGAGGUUCUGUCUGCAGAGGGAGCCACCUCCGCACAGCUGCCCUCCACAGACUCCUGCCAGGCCAGCAUGUGGAUGGGCAGAGUGAAGCAGCUGACGGAUGAGGAGGAGUGCUGCAUCUGCAUGGACGGAAAGUCCGACCUGAUUCUGCCCUGUGCACACAGCUUCUGCCAGAAGUGCAUUGAUAAAUGGAGUGGGCAGAGUCGAAACUGUCCGAUAUGUCGCCUGCAGGUGACUGCUGCCAAUGACUCGUGGGUAAUGUCUGACAUCCCCACAGAGGACGACCUCGCUGGCUACAUCCUCAACUUGGCGGAUGAGGCGGGCCACCCACACCAGCCUUAACACACAGCACACUGAACCAAGUACAUACCGAGAGAAAGAGACCUGCACCAAGUAGACACAAAAUGUCCAUUUUCAAUAAGAGGAGAGUCUUCCUAAAAAAGCUAGAAGGGGUAUGAAGGGUUUCCGUCUCCUUUUGAAACCUCCUCUCCUUUAAGUCCUACAAACUACCAGGAUGCUCUUUGUAACCCAUGUAUCGUAGAUGUGGUGCUUUAUGGGAACUGUGUGUGAUAAUACAUUGUCUGCAGUGAAAAUUCAGUACUUGUUAUGUGUUAGAAUACUUUGUAAUAUAUUAAUUUAACACACAGAAGAUCCAAAGGAACCGGUCUUACAAUAACUGUUGGAUUACUGAUGAACAGUGGAAACCUUUUGAAGGGUUUAACCAGGCACUUUAUGUUUCCAUGCUAAUGUGAUUGUGAUAGAAGCUAAUACAAAAAUACAGGAUGGCCUUUGUGUUCAGAGAGUUAUAACCAUGGAUAAAAUAUUCAUAGUUGUGAAAUUGAAAUGUAUAGUUUUACAUUUUGGAAAAAUACAUUCAUUUUUCUCUCCUUCACUAAAAGAGAGUUAGAUGAGAAGAUUGAUUCCACACACAUCUGUACCGUAGUUAAGAAGCUAAAGCCAGCAGCUGCUUAGCUUAGCGUAACGGCUUAAAACAGAGGGAGAAACAGUUAGCCUGGCUGUGUUCAAACUUGACAAUAUAAUCCUAUCAGCACCUUUUAAGCUGACUUUACAUGUUGUUUAUCUGUACCAGAAUCAACCAUUGGCCUUGACCUACAAUAUGUCACUCAACGAGACGCAUACCAACCGAGAUGAAACUCAAAAUAGCUACAAACAGACCGAGAUGGGUGCAAAGAAAUGACUAUGAAACAAAUCAAACCACUAUGAGAUACAAAGCAACUAAAAAAGAGUCACAAAACAACCACAAAGAGAAGCCGUAGUUUUGUAUUCAACGGACAAUAAAGUAGUAACAAUCUUUUACCUAACUCUCUGCCAGAAGGUGAAUAAGCUUUUCCCAGAUUCUCAAACUUUUGCUUUAAGUGCAAACCCCAAGACUCAGAGUUUAUGGUGAAAUUGUAAAACCAAAUUAAUUUUCCACCCAUAAAGAUGUCUGUAGUCUGUGCGAUGUAACCCUGCAUGUUUAUAUUCCACAUGCCUUAUGUGAACCUGUUAUAAACUCAGAUAGUGACUGAUCAUAGUAUUUUGGGUGUACAGGACUAAGUAGUUUUAUAUGGUUUAAGAUUUGCUGUAGUGUCUUCUUCACUGUUGGAAAUAACCACUGUGUCAUCCAUGCUACUUUCUUCUUUUUACUUUGAAUAUAUUUUUUGAAUUUCCUUUAAUUUUUCUCAAGUAAUUUUACCCUGAUUGUUCUAUACUUUGCUCUGUCAUGGCUGCAAUGAAAGAUAACUACAUCAAUAUAGGCAGCAUUUGCGUUACAGGUGAACUCUUAUACAGUUAAAGUAUAUUACAUUGGAAGGCCACAAAUAAGUUUCAUUUUUUUAAAUUUCAGAUCACAUAAUUCCCAGGCAGCACUUUAAGGAGGAUGUUUGUGAUUUAUGAGGGCUGAAUAUACGCUGAAGUUUUUCAUGAAAUGUAUGAAAGUCUUACAUUUUAUUUUUCAUUGGAGUGCGUAUUUUUUUUAAUUCAAAUGUAUGGGAUUUUCAUUUAGCAUUUUGAUGUGCAACAUUCUUACAUUUUAAUUAAUCAGAUUUUGAUUUGAUCACAUUUAAUGAUAAUUUCACAGAUCGUUGUUGCUUUUGUGCAAAUUUGAGACAUUGACUCUACAAUUGUUCAGCAAAACACGACACCAUCAUUUUAAAGAGUAGUGAUUUUGUGAAUUGAAACUUGAUGUAUGGUCAUUAAUUAGACCAUAAACGUUACAAUGUGACAGCAAUUCCUUUAUAGUUAGCGAUGCUGAUGCACUUUGAAACCUCAAUGAAGCUUUCUUUCCUUCUUUUUUUUGCACUACAAUAGAUGAUUUUAUCUCACUGUAAUCCUUUUACAGCAGCACUACAAUGUGCAGCAGUAAGGGACUUCCUUCAUUAGUACUGUACGCUGUCAAUUCAAAAUGUAUAACACAAGUUGUAAUAUUUAAAGAAUGAUCAAAUGUUCAACUUUCAUAAAAGAUGACAUACAGCAUUGGGUCCUGCACACACAUUGUAUUUACAUUUGUUGAAUGGAAGAAGCUGUAUUAAAAUGGAAUUGAUUCGUAUUGCAUUAUACCUAAUAAAGAGACACUCACUUUUUGCACUGUA